AUGAAACUCAAAAGCACCAUAUGCUUGGCUGUUCUAUUAACUACAGCUUCACUAUCUGCAGUAGCUAGGCCUGACGCAUUCGCUGCAGCCGUAUCAUCCGGGGAUAGUAACGAUGCAGCUGACGCUUUCAUUGAUCCAGGAACUAAGUUUGGCAGUGAUGUUGUAGACAAGGAUAUGACAAAGGCAGAAAAGGAGUCGGAUGAUGACAUUGCCGGUGAUGAUGAUGUAAAUUGGUUCGGAGGUCCUACCGGAGAUGACUUUGGAUCUUUUUCCGGAGGUCCCAUCGGAGGGGACCCAGAUUACAAUGUUAAUUCGAUUGUUUGCGAUGAGCCAGGCCCUUGUUAUAAGAAGGAGCUUACCUGUCCUGCUAAGUGCUACGGCUCAGUUAACAAGUCAGGGUCAGGUUUCUCUGCCAGUGCGGGUGCCGGUGGCUGCAGCAUGGAUUGUAAGACAUGCACCGCUACCUGUUAG